UUAGUAUUUAACCUCUUUUCCUCCGUCCUCUCCCCCACAACUUACCCUGUCUUUCCUCCAUCACCACGCACCACCACUUGCUUCAAUCACUUCCCUUGCUGUUCCUACAGUCUCAAUUGUCAUUCACCAUGUCUGCCUUCGCCAGUUCUUUCCGCCCUGUCGCCUCUCGCUUCCUGGCGCAGAAGCUCCCCGUCUCCGCCGUCCGCAGGGUGACGCCCGUCAGUUUCCCGCGGGGAAGUGUCCGGAGCUUCUCCCACAGCCCAUUCUGGCAAUUGAAGAAGUACACCGAAUCCCACGAAUGGAUCGAGCUGGCCGAUAACGGCAAGACGGCCAAGAUUGGCAUCACCGCCUACGCCGCCCACUCCCUCGGUGACGUUGUCUACGUCGAGCUCCCCAGCGAGGGCCUGGAAGUCAGCGCCAACGAGCCCGUCGGCGCCGUCGAGUCUGUCAAGUCCGCUUCGGACGUGCUCUCUCCCGUCUCCGGCACCGUCGUGCGCGGCAACAGCAUCCUCGACGACAAGGCCAAGUUCAUCAACGAGAGCCCCGAGGAUGAGGCCUGGAUCGCCGAGAUCGAGGUCUCCGAUGCCGCCGAGCUGGAUGCGCUGCUGGAUGAGGCCGCAUACAAGGCGCACGUUGAGGCGGAGGAUCACUGAGGGGGCCCUGCUAUGCCAGCCCCCAACUCACUCCCUUCUCGGAACGAGGGGCAGCUGUGAAUCAAAGUGAUGGGUUGAGGGCUGUGGUUUUUGUUUUGCUUUUUCCAUCUGUUUGUUCGUUCUGAAUUGCGUUGUGUUUUGCGGUUAUGGGUUCCCUGUGGAAUGGAGCCUCUUCUUUUUGCUCGGUAUAUGUCGCGGGACUUUAUGCGACGAUGAUGAUGGGCUAGGGUUAUAGAUGAUGAUGAUAAGUAUUGUGUCGGAGGAUUGUUGGGAUGGGUGAUAUCCGAGGUAUGGAUACACACUGUGAUAGCACUAACCGGUAGCAUUGCUGGUUUUACAAUAGCUUGGACCUUGUAUUCAACAUCCAACGAAAGGGG